GAUCUUCCUCGGCAGUAGGGAGGUGUAUCAUUUGUCUUCCGUGUUUACCUGAAGCCGUUGGAGUUUCUUAAAGACGGUUUCUAAAUCUACAAACUAGCAAAUAAUGUUAACUCCCGGGUGACCCAUAAACAGAGAAGAAAACCAAGACUCAAAAAGUUUUUAUAAGUAUACUUUAAAAGUAAAAUUUUACUCCUCCCCCCCCCCCACCGAACUCUCAGCAAUGGGAUGUUGUAGCAGCGCAGAGGGGAAACGGGACUGGAAGCCGCUGAAGGAUCGCAGCUGCACGGAUAUACCAUGGCUUCUCAUAUUCAUACUGUUUUGUGUUGGCAUGGCCUUUAUUUGUGGCUUUGCCAUUGCCACAGGAGGUGCCUCCCGUCUCGUUUCUGGAUAUGAUAGUUAUGGCAACACCUGUGGCCGGAAUAACACCCACAAGAAGAUUGAGGGAGUACCUCUUAGUGGGGCCGACAUGACCACGAAAAAAUAUGUUUUCUUUCUAGAUCCUUGCAACUUUGACCUGAUCAACAGAAAAAUAAAGUCCAUUGCCUUGUGUGUCUCCAAAUGUCCUGAAACAAAACUAGAAACAUACAGAGACUUAAAAAAUUUUGCCAUCAAUAAUGGCUCUGAACUCUGCUCGUAUGAUAUUCCUCCGGCAAAAUAUGACUGGAGUGCAGAAAGAACAACUAAAUGUCCAAAACUUCCUGUUCCACCAAGUAAAGCUGCUCCAAUCUUCCAUCGCUGUAUCCCAGUGGACAUUUCCUGCUAUGCUGAAUUUGCCCAGGCCUUCAUCACAUUUGUCAAUGACAACACCGUGCUGCGACGAGUCGUUGCCGGGGUGAUGACCAGCAAGGAGAUCAUCAUGGGUCUUUGUGUUCUGGCUCUGGUCCUGUCCCUGAUCAUGAUGGUUGUUAUUCGUUACAUCUCCAAACUGCUGGUUUGGAUUCUCACAGUUCUGGUAAUCAUCGGCUCUGUAGGUGGGACAGCUAUCCUCUGGUGGCUUUAUGCAGACCACAGAUUUGCUCUCAGUCAAAACAGCACAGAUGUAUUUGGGAAAGACGUGGCUAUGGACAAUGAGAAGGCCUUGCUUGUGUAUGCCAUCGGGGCUACUAUUUUUACAGUGGUGCUUCUACUGGUGAUGUUUUUCAUGAGGAAGCGUGUGGCUCUCACCAUUUCCCUGUUCCAUGUGGCGGGGAAAGUGUUCAUUCACCUCCCCCUGCUGGUCGUGCAGCCCUUCUGGACUUUCCUUAGCCUCAUGUUCUUUUGGGUCUACUGGAUAGCUGUGCUUCUCUUCCUCGGGACGUCAGGAUCCCCCGUAAAGAACAACUCCACUGGUGUGGUGGAGUAUGAAAUGCAGGGGCCUCUCCAGUACAUGGUGUGGUAUCAUCUUGUCGGGCUCAUCUGGAUCAGUGAGUUCAUCCUUGCUUUCCAGCAGAUGACCAUUGCUGGAGCUGUGGUCACCUAUUAUUUCACAAGGGACAAGUCCCAGAUACCAGCUCUUCCAGUAGUUUCCUCUAUGAUGCGGACCACCCGCUACCACCUGGGCACUCUGGCGAAGGGAUCCUUCAUCAUCACGCUUGUUAAGAUCCCUCGUCUCAUCCUAACUUAUAUCCACAGCCAGCUCAAAGGAAAGGAAAAUGCCUGCGCUCGUUGCAUGUUGAAAGCCUGCGUCUGUUGCCUGUGGUGUCUGGAGAGAUGCUUGGCAUUUCUUAAUCAAAACGCCUACACUGCGACGGCCAUCAACAGCACAAACUUCUGCACUUCAGCUCGUGAGGCUUUGGUCAUUUUGGUGGAGAAUGCGCUCCGAGUGGCGGCCAUUAACACAGUGGGCGACUUUGUCCUGUUUCUGGGAAAGGUUUUGAUCGUCUCAUUUACAGCUUUUGCGGGCAUCUUGGCUCUGAAUUACCAGCGGGACUACACUGUCUGGGUGUUACCUCUCCUGAUCGCCUGUCUUUUUGCCUUCCUCGUGGCCCACUGCUUCCUCUCUGUGUUUGAGAACGUCGUCGACGUCCUCUUCCUCUGCUUCGCUGUGGACGUGAAGUACAAUGACGGCAGCCCUGGACGAGAGUUCUACAUGGACAAGGCCUUGAUGGAGUUUGUUGAAAAUAGUAAACAAAUGGCUAAGCGCACGUCAGAGGAGGGAGAUGGACGGGAAAUGAAGCCCAUGAAAUGAGGGCAAACUUCAGCUUGACCAGGAGUUUAACCCCCAUGCCUUCUAAAAAAUACUGAAAAGAAUUCCUGAAAUGCAAACACUAUAAAAGUUCUUAACAAACCCUGGAUUAUCAGUAACCAGCAUCAAAUAUGAACUUAUUGGCAACAGUUUACAACGCAACAGCAGCUCUGAAGAGUUGCAUCUGGUAGCUUUUACUGUAUUUUACAAUUGUAAAAAGCAGAUUUUUUUUUAUUUUUAGUUAAAAGCUAACAGAAAAGGAGCAAUGCUCUGUGGCUUUAAGUUUGCAGUUGUUUAACGGCUAUUGGUUUGUUUUUACUUUUAUGCCUAAAAUUAUCUUUUACUGCAUCUGUUUAAACAUGAAAUUAUGUAGUUUAGCUCAUUUGUAUGUUCUGCUUUUUUAUAUAUAUAUUCAGGUCAACAGAUGUUUGUUGAUUCUGGUGCCUAAUAAUGCACUGAAUUCCUAUGGGUUUGUUUUUUAAUGAGUUC